GCAACUCGGUCAGAUGAAGUUGGCAGUUAACGGAGAAGGAAACGAAUAUGUCUGUGUUUACUUCAUUUUUAAAAAAAAAUUGACUCCGAGUAUAAAAUAUAGCCGUGUUAGGAUAGAAGCGUGAUUGAGUUUCCGUUUGUUGCUCUUGUUGUAAUCCGACAGUUAGCCGUUGUGUCUUCACCUUGUUUAUUUAGCUGUAGCAGCACGGAGCUAAAGCUAGCAGCGUUAGCUCCUCGUCAGCCUACUAGCAGCUAUCCCAGCUUUAGCAUCCUAACGCCAACUCUGGUGUGUGGCGAAAUGGCGGCCAACACGGCCCAAGCAAACCCAACAACUAACUGGUCCUAUGGUGCUACUGGAGAUGGCCAGGUUCAUGAAAAUCCAGAAUGGGAGAAGGCAAGACAAGCUUUAGCCUCCAUUAACAAGAGUCAGAGCGCUGCUAAGGCUACACAAGCUAACCGGACAACAGCAGAGGCUGGUCAGUUUCAGCCGGCAGCGACUGACUCCACUGCCAUUCAGCAGCAGCAGCAGCAACAGCAGCAGCAGCAGCAGCAGUACUAUCAGUGGUACCAGCAAAAUCCGCAGCAGUAUCCUGGUUAUACGUACCCCUAUAACUAUUACUACCCAAUGGGUCCAUAUGGAGCUGCUUAUCCACCAAAUCAGUAUGGUGCACCCCCAGGGCCUUACCCAGGAGCUCCAACCUCUAACGGACAGCCUCCUCCAGUACCUGGAAUGGAAGACCAAUCCUCCAACUAUCCUUCCCAACCACAACCUCCUCCUACUGCUACUUCCCAGCCCCCCCAGAGCCCUACCACCUCAGAGAAACCCCCUCCUCCUCCACCCCCUCCCAUUCCUCCCCCACCCAACUCGCAGUACCCCCCUCCUCCAUCACAAAAUGCUUACAACACCAGCAACUCCAUGCCAUAUCCACCUGGUGACCCCAACCAAAUGCAAGUUUACAACCAUUCCCAGGGAAGGCCAAACUACAGUCAGGGUUUUCAGGCCCAGAACAACUACCAGCCUUCACAGAAUACCACCCAACAACAACCGGGCCAGUAUGUACCAGGACUUGGCAGAGGAGAGGCCAACAAGAACAAAAACCAAAAACAAGGACAGCAGCUCUGGCAUCGCAUGAAACAGGCACCUGGAACCGCUUCUGUGAAGUUCAAUAUUUCCAAGAGGCCCUAUCAGGUUCAAUGCUCUGCAGUUUCCAAUCAGGCUUUCCCUCCAGGUGAGCAGCCCUCAGGACUGAAUCCAACUCAAUCGUCUUCUGCUACUGCCAGUGCUGCAUCUGGAGGUGCUCAGACACGGCCUCAGGACUGGCCCCAAGCCAUGAAGGAAUAUGUGCAGCGCUGUUUUACAGCCUGUGAGACGGAGGAAGACAAAGAUCGCACAGAGAAGGUGCUGAAGGAAGUUCUGCAGGACCGGCUGAAGGAUGGCUCUGCUUACACCAUUGAUUGGAACCGUGAGCCAUUGCCAGAACUGAAGGUCAAACAGUCUCGUUGGGAAGCUCUUCCAUCCCAGAGGACAACAGAUGGCUCAAUUAGCCGUGGUGGAAGUGCAGCGGCGGCUUCACGAGGCAGAGGUGGUGGACACAGAUUGGGUCACUACAGGAAUAUCUUUUCUCAAAGGAGUCCAUCUUCUAGUUCCUCACGUUCCUCCUCCCGCUCACCAUCCCCUUCCCACAGCAGACACAGGGACCGCAGCAGCCAAAGGCAUAGGCGCAGCGAUUCUGGCUCACAGUCAGACAGCAGCAUCUCCAGUGACCUCAGACCUCAGCUGUCAAGACGAAAUCAGAAAGGGGCACGCGGCCGGGGCAAUGACAGAGAUCGAGGACGUGGAGGAGGAGAGAGAGGACGAGGAAGAGGAGGAAAAGCCAACAGAGGGAGACGAAACAUGGAUGAUUCCAGUUCAGCAGUCGGAAAGAAGAGGAAAGGUGGCAAUGCUGGUCUGGAUUUCCAUGACCCCAACCGGGAAGCCAAAAAGCAGAGUAGAGCAGCUCGUUUCCACAAGCAGCUUCGCUCAGAGCCUCUUGUUCUCUCGAUCAAUGCUCUGGACCUGCCUGAUGGGACACAGGAGGGCCUCAGCUGGGAGGACUGCCCCAUUGUGGGAACAUGUCAGGACAUCACCAAAUCCUACCUUAGGCUCACUUGUGCCCCUGACCCUUCCACUGUGCGCCCUGUGCAUGUGCUGAGAAAAUCUUUGCAGGCUGUGAAAGCCCACUGGAAAACCCACCAAGACUACGCCUACGCCUGUGAACAGAUGAAAUCUAUACGACAGGACCUCACGGUCCAGGGAGUUCGUACUGAGUUCACGGUGGAAGUGUACGAGUGUCACGCUCGCAUUGCUCUGGAAAAGGGUGAUCAUGAAGAGUUCAAUCAAUGCCAGACUCAGCUGAAGGCCCUGUAUAAGGACAAUCCUUCAGAGAACAUUGGAGAGUUUACAGCAUAUAGAUUGAUGUACUACAUCUUCACUAAAAACUCUGGAGAUCUGACCACUGAGUUGGUGUACCUGACCCCUGCCCUGCGGGCGGAUGUGUGUGUGGGUCAUGCUCUUGCACUCCGUGCUGCCUGGGCAUUAGGAAACUAUCGCCGUUUCUUUAAGCUGUACCAGGAAGCCCCACGCAUGGCUUCUUACCUCAUUGACAAGUUUGUAGACAGGGAAAGAAGGAUUGCGCUUCGGGCCAUUGUCAAAACGUUUAGGCCCGACUUGCCGGUGGAGUAUGUGCAGUCCAAUCUGGGCUUCUCAUGUUUAGACUCCUGUAUGGCCUAUCUUACUGGGCUAGGUGUCACAUUUACCCCCUCGGACCCCACAAAGAUAGACUGCAAAACCAGCUCAGCCUCUUUGGCUGCUUCCUGAGGGGAUGGAGGGUAGACAUUGAAGGGAGAUGCUUAGGGACCAGCACAGAUCUUUGCAUAUUGAAUGCAUUGCACUUCAGACACCUCAGCCAGUUAAGAUAGUAGAGUAGUGGCAGACUAACAACCAUACAAGUCCCAUAUAGACAGAUGCAUACUAGAAAGCUCAUCUGCAAGACAAAGCUUUCAGAUUGCAGAUGUAACUUUCUGACACUCAGAGAUAAGAACUGUUUUAACUUGAGGGAGAGUAUGUACACACACAGUCACACAAAUAUUGUAGGUUAGCUUAAUGCCCAAGUUAUCUAGAUACAUUUGUCAUGCAGAAAAAUGAGCGGACAGUUAAGAUUUGGGAUUAUUAUGUAAUCUCAGAGUUUAGAGGCCAACAAGUCUCAGAACCAGAUCAGAGAGGCGCUCACCCUCAUGGUUCCUGUUCCAUUACCACCGUCAGAUGUCAAAGCUAACAGUGUUCUGUUAUGUUUUUUCCCUCUUCAAGUCAAUAGCUCCAAGACCUGAAGAUUCAAGCCUUGUCAACCAAAAGAGAAACGCAAACAGCCGUUCAAGUCUUUCAUCCAUCACUCCUGUUCGAAGUCAAGUCCAUGGAAUCAGGUUAACUUCACAUUUUCUGCUUAAAGACUGUGAGAUCACUUCGUGAAAAGAUGCUAGCAGAUUAUCUGAAAGAAGAAGCUUUGGUUUGUAUGUCCUGCGCGCCUGCCCUACACCCAGCUUCCUCAAAGUAUCAGCAGCUGGCUGGUCAUCCCCUUCAUUGGCCACAACCAUACAGCACAUGAAAGCUACGGACUGAAAUCUGAAGUUUGUUGGUGAUUUUAGUUAAUAUUGAUCCAUCUUGCCACUCAGUUAUGAAAUGGUUGGCCAGCAUUAGGAAAAAGUCCAAAUCUAAUGAGCAUUGACUUUGUGUACGCCAAGAGAUACAGGCAAGUGGUUUUCAUCAAGUUGAUUUCCUCACAUCUCCACACCCUGGAAGCUGAGUUCAUCUUAAAAUCCCAGUGCAGUCACAAGCAGAGAAGGAGUCUGCUUCAGUCAUCCUCAGGGAGAAGAUCCUGACAGCACUUGGAGUCCAGCGUGUUCCUGUCAACACGGCAGAGUGCAUUGAUGAAAUGCAUCUCAUUGUCCAGGCUGACCUUCGUAAACCUCACCAGCUGUUAUUCAAAAGGAACAGGGGUAGCUAAGCUGCCAGGUUGAAAUACAGCUGAAGGUGAAUUCUGCGUGAUGGAGCAGCGGAGGAACCUGCAGCUUGAAGAAGGAAUGUCGGUGUGCGGUUUGUAUGCUACAUCUGGCUCUGGUGUUUACAAGGCUGGUAAGAGAAAGGGACUUCUCUGGAAGGAGAUUGAUGACGGCACUGCAGACAUGUGGCCUCAUAUUUCAUCUGUGUUCAAUGUUUUACGUCUUGUAUUUUUCUGGACAGCAGUAUUGGCCUUUCUCUUGACAAAAGGAAAAUAAUUAUGGAGCUACACAUUGAUUUUUAUGGAAAUUAACAGUUUAUUAGAUUAUUAAGUGUCAUGACAAAUUUGACGAUAUCCUCUGCCAAAAAUGGAGUCUGUACAAUCUCAGCAAUAUUACUGCACAGAUACACGCUGCUGUCUGAAUGUCAUAUGAUGAAGUAUUUAACUCAAAGCAAAGUUUUAAACUUAUUUGGACAGUAUCUUUAAUAAAAAGGGACGUGCAAGCUGAGUGUAGAUUAGUGCUUUUAUGUCCAUUAUUCUGAAAGUUAUGAAAUAUUUGUCAGAAAUGAGCACUGAAAAUUUCAGCCUGAUUCCAGUAAUGAAAACAUUGUUUCUUACAGUGGUAGUGGAACUGAGGUGAGCCUUACUCCUGUUGUGAUUUUGUCCCAUUUCCACAAGUUGGUGUUUUAGUAAUUUGUUCUGGUGGUGGAUGCAGUCGGGGAGAUAGUCCAAUUGUUUAAGAAAGGAUCUGUUAGAAUACAAACCGUGAUUAGACAGCAGGUAAAUGUCCGGGGAUGUAACGCUAACAGACUGAACCUUCCUCACUGAGAUGAUUUAUGUGCAGUUUAUAAUCAUCAUGCUAUAAUUGGGUCCUUUAUAUUGAACACAUGAGAUGAAAUUGGAAGAAAAAAACAUUUAAACUAUAUUGUAUUUCAUAAUCUGAUUAUUUUUGAUUUGAACAGUGUUGAUUACCCCUGUUGAAAUUUGAGCCUGAGGUAUUUAAGAAUGUUGUAAUUGAUCAGGAUGAGAUUUGGAUUUAGGCUCGCUGUACAAUUGACUUGUUAACUUGUCUACAGAUGAUAUAUUUUUUGUAAAUAUUGUAUGAUACUGCUGUGGUUUCUUUUUAGUUAGUGUGUAGUGAAGGAUUUUUUCUUCACACACGGGUAAGUGUGUUUUGUUUUUUUUCCCUGGGUUUGUUAGACCCACUUAUGUGAAUAUGUAAAGUUAAACGCAGACAGGUCUGAAUUGGAUUGGGUUAUUUGUCUUCAUACUUCAGUGGAGGAGCUGGUUGCAGAGGCUCCAGUUUGUCACAGUUUAACCUAAAAAUGACACCACAGGCUCAAAUCUUUCCAGGAUGUAACAUCUGAACCCAAGUGACAAGAAAAAUGUGGUUGUUAAAUUUGUCCUUUUACCUGAAGAGAAACACAUGUUUCCUGUUUAGUGUCGGGUUAACGUUCAGUCCAUACCAAGCAGGAUUUGAUAGGGCAGUUCUGCCUUUAUUGGACUUGGGAUAGUGAGGAGAUGGGUAUGACAUUCAACGAAGGUCCCUGGCUGGGAUCAAACCAGUGAUGUCACAGAUGUAUGACAUGUGCAGUAACCAUUAGUCUCCAAUAGUCCUGUUAACAUCUCCAAAAGGACAAAGCUCCGUCAGCUUGACAGAACACGCUUGUAAAUCUGGUUUUACUGUUUUUGCAAACUGUUGUCAAUUGUUGACUGUUGAUCUCAACAUGUUUUCUUUCUCCCCCUCCCUUCAUUUACCUCGUUCCCUGUCCUCUUCGCUACCCCCUCCCCCACCCCCCCCAACCCCUCCACACUCCUUAUAAAUCUCUCUUACACGCUGCUAGACUUCUUAUUCUUCAGCUGGUAGCACUGCUGCAUUGCAGGAACACAUGGAGUGAUCAGUGGGCGAACCUCCUCAGCUGCCUCCUCCUCCUCAUCCUCCUCCAGACGCCAGCCGGAGAGAGUGAAUUUGUGAGCAAUCCAAGUCUUGGUUUGACCCACUCAAAGAAGCCAUACAGCUGAUAAAAUACAUGGGAGCCUCACAGAAUGAAAUGUCAAAUGUUGAUCUGCUGCUAAUGUCAUUUGCUGCUAACCCAAAUCUUUAAAGAUGUUUUUUUUCUUACAUAAUUCUGAUUUAGCUUUAAAACAAUGUUAGAUUGACAAAGUCGCCAUGUAUUGUUGUCUUCUGUUUGUCCAGAUGCAUUUGCAUUUUUUUUAAAGAAUACUCGUUCCUGUUAUUUAGGGUUUUUUUUCUUUCUUUCACCUAAUUUAUUGACACAUUUUGUUAGAUAGAGCUUCUUGAGUCAGAGUUGCAGUAGACCCUUGUUAUAGUUUCAUCCCUCAGCAGCUAACAAUGUGUCUGGACAUACAGAACAUUUUGUUAUCCUCAAAACUCACCUACAUUUAGCUUCUUUUUUUUUCUUUUUUCAGUGUGCAGUCUUACUCAGGCAAAGUCUCUUAUUUAGUGGUGUGUGCUCCCAUGCUAUGAAUUUUCCUUCUGGUUUCUUGACGUGUGAUGAGAAUGACUGUGAUGGUUUAGUGUAAACAGAGGCUUCAUACACAGGGUUAAAGUGUGAGAUACUCGGCAUUGAAAAAAACCCCAGGAUGUUCGCUUUGUUGUUGUUGUUUUUUUGGUUUUUUUCCCCUCCUCUCUUUUAUAGUAGAAAUUUCACCCCAGACAACUAACAAUACACAUUUUCAGUUUGAAUGUCUGUUUAUUUUAUUUUUUCUUCCUCUGAUGCCUGAGUCAUGUUUUCAGUAUUUUUUUGCUCCCAUGUACUGUAUACCUCCAUCAGUCUUUGUAACUCCCACCUUUGAUAUUUGACAGUGAAAGAUCUCCCAUGUCCCUCACUUCUGCUGUCAUUUCCUGCCAUUUCCCUUUUUAACUCUUCAUUAGUUGAACUUCUCUUUUCUUUCUUUUCACUUUCUCUCCCCCCCCCUUCUCCCCUGCAUGCUGUCCUCUCAUCUCUCCUACAACUUUCUAACCAGUAAAUGUUCUCCUCCUCCACCUCCUUUUUCCUUUCAUGUUGAGUAUGUUUGUGACCGUUUGCCGUGUGCAACUAGUCACUCACUAGUAAGUAUUGUAUUGCAUCUGCAAUGCUUUAAUAGUUUAUGUUGCAGCUCACUAACAACUGCAGCUGAAGGUUUAUCUGCAAUGCCUCACCCUUGUCCCCAUUUCCCAUACCUCUACAGAUCUGAUUCAAAACUGCCAUUUUGUAAAUAUCGUGUACAUAUUACCUUUUUGAAAAAAUCUAAUAAAAUUCAAGCAUAAAGGGCA